UCGCUACUUUUCGCGGAAGACUAUGAAUAGAAAUCGUGAGUGAUGACAUGUUUAUUUUCCUUUUUUUUUGUUAUUUUUAAAUGAUUCUUCGGGGUUCGUAUGAAAAAAAAAGAUGUAAUCUACAAGGGUGACAUUAAUGAUUUUGCUAACAGGAGAACAGACAUGAUAAAUACAGUUAUAAGAAUAUUACAAUAAUAAUAAUAAUAAAGCAGCAUCCAUUAUAAUGUGAAGAAAGUAGUGCCUGCCGUCACGGGGGUGUGGGCGAGUCACAGUGUAUAAAUACGCCGGGUUGUCAAACAGGAAAGUUUCUCUGGACCCUCCAUGCAAACUGUCAGCUCAAGACAAACUGGAAAACCAUCCAGCCAUCGGAGAAUUGGGGCAGCAGUUAAAAACAAAAACAAAAAAACAAAAACAAAACAGCAAAUACCAAGGUGAAAAAUAUCCUGCUGUCGGCAUCUAAACCGACGACUCGAUACAGGCGUCUUGAAAACCCGAGACAACACAAGGGAUUUAAAACAGAAACGCAGGAGUACAAGUCAAGCUAGGACAUCAGUCACGAUAGUUGGAACCUGAAAACAUUGUUACGUACUUGUGACGGCGAAAAAACAGCCUGCAACCUGCUGCCCCCACCUUCAAGGUGCCUUUACCAUGGUGACACUAAAACAACCGUACACUUUACAAUAAGCCAGAGGAAGAACUCCGUGUCUCAGUUGCUUCGCCUCACUUUCAGAACCAUCAUUUCAAACAUUUUGCCGACCCGGUGCAGCCAUGCAUCUAGAAGUGAAGGUUGCCCUCAACUUCAUCGUGUCCUACCUGUACAACAAGCUGCCUCGGCGUCGAGCUGACCUGUUCGGCGAGGAGCUGGAGAGGAUACUUGUGUCUCGUUUUGAGGGUCACUGGUACCCUGAAGCCCCUCUCCGGGGUUCUGCCUUCCGCUGCAUUCACCUGGGGGCGCCGAGGGACCCCGUGGUGGAGUUGGCCGCAAAGAGAAGCGGACUGGACACGGAGGAAGUGCGUGCAAAUGUUCCCGCAGAGCUCAGCGUGUGGAUCGACCCUUAUGAGGUGUCCUACCAGAUUGGAGAGAAGGGGGCAGUGAAGGUGCUCUACCUGGAGGACCCCCCAGGUCUGGGCUGUGACAGCGAGAGGCCUGAGGGUGUGAUCAGAGAGGGCAAAGGAGACGCAGAGGCGGAAGAGGCCAAGAAUCUGGGCUUCAACCCAGACGCUCAGGUGUUUGUGCCAAUUGGAAGUCAGGCGUCUCCCGCCCUCAUGCCGUCGCACUCCAGCUCUCCCACACCUCUGUCUGCCCAGUCCUGCCCCGGGCUCUUCAGCUACCCCAGCUCCAGUACUCCCACUGACCCUGCUGCCCACUCCUCCAAUACCUCUACCCCUUCCCCUCCCAGCGGCGGGCUGCCCUACCUCGCCGCUCAGCAGCCACCCUCCGCUCUUCCCACUGCCCGCCCUCAACCCAUCACCUUCACCACAGCCAGUUUCGCCGCCACUAAAUUCGGCUCGACCAAGAUGAAGAAGUGCAGCGGAGCCGGGUCGCCGGCCAGCUCCGGAGUCGUCGUCCCACCCGCCCAGAGAAUGCUGUCCCGCUCUCCCACCAACAUCUCGACGCCGGAGCUGCUCAAGCACAAGCCGCUGUCGCUCUCCUUGCACUCCCUCGGAGGUCCCAUCCCCAGCCAGCUCUCCCCCAACGCCAAAGAGUUUGUCUACCCAGGAUCCCCGGGGCCCCUUUACUUCGAUGCAGACACCCAGCCCAUGCAGCCUCAUGCCAGCCCAUUCCAGCCCCCCCACACUGUCAACACCCAUCCAUCCUUUGACCCCUUCUCCAGCCCUCCUCCGGCCCAGAGCGUGGGCAUCAUCGGCAGCAACGGAGGAAUUUCUUACAUGGAGAAGCCGCCAUUUGUCGAAGGUUUAGGAAGCUACAACCUGCAAUAUCCCAGCCAGUCCUUCCAGCCUGUUGUGCUGGCCAACUAAGCCUUCAUUUGUAAUGAGAGGAGUCGCUGGAGGAGGAGUCGGGUGUGAGGACAGUGAUGCUCCUGAUAUUUUCAGUUUUUCUAAGAAAUUGUUCUAAUACUAAUACAAAUUAAGAAUUAGUUUACUACAAAGAUUUAAAAUACCACGUUCACUGAAUAUGUCUGUGAUUUGUUUUGUCCCUCCACAGCCCCCAGCCCCACCCUGCCCCUUUGUCCGUCGCUGUUACUCGUCACGUUCUAUGUGUUCGCUUUGACAGGAGUGGGAGUGGGUGGGGGUGACUUCCUUUCUCCGUUGAGUCCUUGCCAAGCUUUUAUGUUUAUUGUUUUGCAUUGAAUGUUAAUGUGAGACACUUGUGUUUUUGGGGGUUUUUUUUUUUUCUUGACCUGUAGUGUAAUGGACCCGACUCUAGCAUAGCUCCAUUUUGCACUGCACUGUCAUGCUGUGAAAAAGGACCUCGCCAAGUCCUGCAGGGAACGACGGCUGUGGAAAGCUCAGCACUUUGCUCUGCAAUCUGCUCUGCCCUACUUGCCACAAAUACAGAGAAGUGGGGGGGGGGGGGGGGGGCUCUGCUGUGUCUGUGUGUGCAGUCCUGUUCUGUUUUGUUGUGGCUCAGCGUGAUCGAGAGACUCAUUGUUUGUACGUCGGGCCCGUUACCCUUGAAACGCACUCGUGCACAGGCACAGUUUCACUCUGUUGUUGUCAGCAGGCGUAUAUUGAAAGCAGUUUAUGGUCAGCUGGAAUGUGUUCAUGACAUGGGCUUAAAUGAAGUUGGAGCAGUGCAGGGAGCAGAAAGCAGAGCGGGGGGGGCAUUAGGGUGUUAAGGGAGUGAUGUAGUAGAAUGUAUUGUACUUGUCAGGGGAAACUGCAGCUGGGAAGGUCAGGGAAACCUUGGCGAAUGUGAGAAGCGAACAAGUCUUUGCAUUUUAAGACCGUAACCAUGACGCUAUACCUCUGUUACACGCGCAGGGAUGUACGUUAUGGCUUCAUACGUGUACUCAAAUAGACAAACAUGCAGAAAAUAUGUGCACACACACACACACACACACACACGAUUCCAGUCAGCAGAGUGUGAAGGUGAACAGGCGGAGAAGGUGAUGAGGGGGAGGGGAUGCAGCAGCUAAGCAGUAGGGAUUGUGAUAAAUGGCUUAGCAUGACUUUGACUAUGAAGGAGAGGUUUUCCUCUGCAUGAGAGGAGGGAGGGAGACGGGAAGACAGAAGGAAAUGAGAGAGAGAGAGAGAAGCAGCUAGAGGGUUGUGUUGCCUCCGUGGCGUCCGGAGCGUAUUGGUUUAGAGAGCGAGACUUUAAAACCCAGAGCACGUUUCUGGUGAGCUUAAAUGGUAUUGAAGCCAAAGGCUCACACUAUUCUCUCCCUCCUCUUGAAAUUCUUCAGUGAUCUCUGCUUCAGCUCAGGUUGCUCUGUCUCUUCUCCCCAGUUGCAGUGACGUGGACACAGAUUCAAAGAUGAAUGUUCUCUAUCGACGUGCGGCUUCUGUCGCUUUAUUGGACAGCUCGUCCAGAUCACUGGAAGUCUGUUGUUUCCAAUGUGUGUUUACCAGUCGGGUCCAUGUGACAGUCGCUACAGGGAAGGAUAACCCCACCCACCCCCCCACCCCCCCCGCGUGUCCGUUUGAGCUGUCCAGCACUUUAUUUCUGGGCUCCUGAUGCUGUGUGUCGCCCACAGACGCGAGCGCUGAACCAUUCCUCUGCCCUCGGUUUGGUUUGUUUGAUCCAGCCGUCAUGAAACGCUUUAGAGAUUCAAACACAAGCUAAAUUUGUAUUGAAGAUGCAUCACCUGGGCGCGUAGACGCCGUCAGUCUUGGCCGUUUAUUUGAAUGUUUUCUAGACUUGUAUCCAUAAAUGUUUUUGUAUAAGAUGACCCGAGGACCCUCGACUUGUGCUCAUGCUGGUAUUGCGAUGUGAUAACUUAUCAUAUGCAUGCGAGUUUUAUUUCUUUUUUUGGUUGUUUUUUUUUGUUUUGUUUUGUUUUGUCGUUUUUUUCCAAGGGGAUAGGUGGGGCGGUACACAUCUCUGUAGAUGCUCUGAUUCUGAGGGAAAGAUGCAUUCCUAAUUUUUGUUUUGUAAUUUAUUUCCAAUAUUUCUAUAUUUUUGUUUUUGCAAAAUUCGCACUUACAUUUGUAUGAGUAAGACAUGACAGGAGUCCAGGAAUAUGUAUAUAAAAAGUUCUUAUGUUCAGAUUCUUUGUUUAGUUUCUUACAUGCUGAGGUUAUUUUUUCAGAAAAUAACAUGAAUAUAUGCAAACUGAGACAAAAAUAAAGAUGUACAGAAUAAAGUAUUGAAUGUUUAUUGUAUCUUGUACAGCAUUUGUCUAAUAAGACGGGUAAAUGUAUUCAUCCUUCAAGUUGGAUUUGGAGUUUAAGACGUGAAUGUUUACAGUGGGUUUGUGUAGGAAAAGAUGGCUGAUUUCACUUUAUCUGUGCUCCCAGGGCAGUCUGACAACGCUACUCCCAUAGGCAGUACAUUUAAACCAAAAACCUCCACAUUUCACAUUCGUUUGAGUGCAAUGUUCAUCUUCCCUCUUUAUGUGAAUUCACUGCAUUUCCUGUGGUUACCCCUGGAGUUUCUCCUUUUCCUCACUUUCUUUUAUUCUUUGAAGCAACUGCCCAUCAACUUGACUCACCAACACUCCUGUUUUCUAAAAUAGUAUCUAAACUCUUCCUAAUAUUAUAUUUCCCAUCAAAUGUUACUUUAUCGCACCUUUAUUUAUUUUUUUUUUAUUUGGUUUAUUUAUUUUUCAGUGGUCAUCUUCUCCCCAUCAGCCUGGUCCUUGUGGUCCUGAUACUAUAGCCAUAUCCCAGACUGUCUUUGCUUACACAGAUGCUCACCCUUCUCCAGUGCAAUGUAACGCCAUAAUUUAAAUUACCCUGAAGGAUUCAAGGGGUUUCUACCUCUCUGCACCCUGGAAAAAGAAAUAUCUCCUCAGCAGUGUUAGCAGCAGGUUUUAGAAGGAGGAAGGAAAUGAAUGUGUUGUGAAUGUGAUUCUGACCUGAUGUUAGUCAACCCUGGUUGAGAAGGCCUGCAGAAAACAAACAGAAGAAACUGCUUAUUUUAUUGUCUUGGAGAGAUUUUUAGUCACAUGCAUGUCUAAAAUGUCCACGUGACUCAUUUUUCUUAUAUAUUUUUUUUUUCCCCCACAUUUGUCAGAUUGUUCAGUGCAAAUGAGAUUGUGUCGUUAAAUUUCCUCUCGAGGUGAGAGAUGCGAGGACGAGUGCGAUUCUUAACGGCCGUGUUUGCCCUCGCGUCUUUUAAGAACGAACGCUGGUUUGUGGAGACGAGACGAGACGGUGUUUUAAACGCACCACAAAUUUACUGUAAACGCAGGCUGUUCUACAAUCAGGGUUGAUCAUUAAUGAAAUGGAAAAAUAAGAAUUUUGUAUUCUGAUGUCCUUUGCUUAUAUCGAUGUGUGCGUUUUAUUUUGCACUUUGGAAUAUUUCAUUGUCAUAAAAGAAGUUUAUUUUCUAUGUAAAAUUUAACAUUUAAGAAUAAAUAGAUAUAAUUAAAAGUUCAGAUGAUGUAUAAAUAUAGUGCUUUCUUUCCUGCCUGUAUUUUAUUAUUUUUCCUAUUUUGUAUCUGAUCUGUACACCCUGUAGAUGUAUAAUGAAUCUUUCACUACUGAAAUGCAAUGACCUGUUUUCUGUGCUGCCCCUCGGGAAUGGGGAGUUACUACUGCAGUUUCUUAUUGUAUCAGAUUCUUUUUUUAAGUUUGUAAUAAAAAAACAGAUUGGCAAAAAUAAGCAUGGAAAAUAA